CAGGCAUCCCCGGCGAUGUCGCGCGGAGAAAACGGUGACGACGGCGCCGCCUCGUGCACCGCCCCCUCCCCGGCCAGCAUCCGGAGGGCGUACGAGGCGGGCCGGCGGGAGACGGCGAGGGACUUGAUCAGGAGGGCGGACAAGCUCGCCCACGCCGACGAGCUUCUUCGGGCGGCGUGCCGGCACGGCGACGUCGAGAGCGUCGAUUACCUCCUGCGCGAAGCGGAAGUCCGGGUCACGACCGAGGCGUCGGAGCGGAACCCGGUGGUGGCGGCGGCCCGCUUCGGACACGGCGCCGUGCUGAAGAUGCUGCUGGACGCCAUCCCAGGGGUGCGCCAGAGGAGCGAGCUCCUCAACCUGCUGCUGUCCACCUGCUGCCGCCGCGCCGACGUGGACUCGGCCCGCCUUCUGGUGCGGGAAUACGGCGCCGACGUCAACGGCGACGGCGCCGGCCGCGGCGACCGCUUCCCCGUCAUCUGCGCCGUGCCGCUCUACGCCGCGGCCCGAGCAGGCGGCGAGGAGCUGGCCCACUUCCUGUUGGAGAACGGCGCCGCUCUGUCGUCGUACGUGCUGCUGGACCAUCCUGACCUGAGCGCGCGACUUCUGGCGCGAAGGCUGCGGCGCGGCGCCCGAGACGGGCAACAGGCGCUCGGCGUGCAUUGGGGCGGCCUGUCUCUUCCCUGGUUGGAGGUUUCCUGGCUCGUGGGCGUGUCCCGUCUCAUCACGCAUUUGGAUUUGUCGCGGAACAAUUUGUCGUCGUUGCCGUCCGUCCUUCCCUGGGGCUUGCCGCGCCUCCGGACCCUGGACCUGUCCCGCAACCGCCUGACUCGGAUGCCGCCCGCCGCCACCUCGCGGGAAGUCAUUUGCAGCAGGUUACGUGAGGUGAACGUGCGGCAGAACCGACUGAGCGCCUUGCCGGCGGGUCUGCUGCACCUGAGCGAGCUGAAGAAACUCUGCGCCUCCCAAAACCGGCUGAGCGUUUUGUUCGACGUCCCUCCGGCGAGCAACUGGAUGGGCCUGCGCCAGCUGGAGGACUUGGACGUGUCGGACAAUCUCUUGAGCGCGCUGCCCGCCGACAUCACGCGGGCGCUCAAAUCCCUCCGCGUCCUGGACGUGUCGCGCAACCGGCUGGGCGGCUUUCCGGAUCCCUGGGCCUGCCCCCUGAACCGCUGCGGGGCGUCGUCCAAUCAGAUGAGCGGCCUCCCGGACAACAUCUCCGCCUUCUGGAAGGAUCACCUGCGGGACGUGGACUUGGCCGACAACCUCCUGGAACGUCUGCCCUCCGACCUCUUUCGACUGGAGGCUCUGCUUUCGCUGAGGUUGUGCGGGAACGCCAUCAGGACCCUGCCGCCGCCGUCCCACUGGACCUGCUCGCAGCUCAGAACGCUGGACCUCUCCAGGAACCUGCUGGGAAGGAGCGAAGAAGGGCCCAAGUCCCGAAAACUGGCCUUCUUGACCACGCGGAGCAAAAAAGAUCCGGAGGCAGCGCCUCCCGUGGACUUGCCGGCGUUCCUGCGGGAUUCCCUGGAGGUUCUGCGCCUGAACGACAACCGCCUGGAGCGCGUCCCGCCUUCCGUGUGCGCUCUGAGGGGCCUCCGUGAACUCUACCUGGCCAACAACCCCGGCAUCCGGGAGCUUCCGUCGGAACUGGCCGGGCUGAGCCACCUGUGGCGGCUGGACUUGGAAAACCUCCACAUCGCCAACGUGCCUCAAGAAAUCAGGAGCGAAGGCUCGGCGGCGGUGCUGGGCUUCCUGCGCGCGCGGCUCCGAGGGGCGGAGCCCUGUCAUCGGCUGAAGAUGCUGCUGAUCGGGCCGCCGCGCCAGGGCAAGUCCUCCCUGCUGCGGGCGCUCCGGACGGGCAAAGCGUCGGCCGCCCCCUCGGCGCCGGGCCCCGAGCGCGCCGUCUCCACGUCGACCUGGGAGAUGGCCGCCGCCGCCGGCGAGAGCGAGAGCUUGGCGUUCAGCGUGUGGGACGUGGGCGGGCCGUCGGGCCCGUCGGCCGUCACGCCGUGCUUCUUCACCGACGGCGCCCUCUACGUGCUGGUCUGGAACCUGACGCUGGGCGAGGAGGCCGUCGCCGACCUGCGGACGUGGCUGCUCAACAUCGAGGCCCGAGCGCCCAGGUCGGCGGUGGUGCUGGCGGGAACCCACCUGGACCUGAUCGCGGCCGAGUUCCGCGCCGAGCGGCUGGCCACGCUGAGGGCUCGCAUCCUGGCUCUGUGUCGCUCGCCCUCGGGCGCCCGAGCCGGCGGCUACCCCGACGUCACGGCGGCGCACCUGCGCGAGGUGUCGUGCGAGACGCUGGAGGGCGUGCGCGGGCUGAGGAACCUCAUCCGGCAGGUGGCGCUCUCCAUGAAGGACACGCGCGGCCGAGGCAAGCUGCUGGGCAGGAUGAUCCCCGGCAGCCACGUGCGCCUGCGGGAGGCGGCGGCGGCCGAGAGGCGACGGCGCCGCGCCGAGGGAGAAGCUCAAUUCCUGACUGAGGCUCAGCUGCGGCGCCUGGUGGAGCGCGACGCCGCCGGCGACAUCGCGCGCUACGACGACUUGCCGGCCGCCAUCCGCUUCCUGACGGAGACGGGGACGCUGCUGCACUUCCCCGACAGCAGCCGCGGCCUGCGCAAUCUCUACUUCCUGUGUCCGGCGUGGCUGGCCGAGUGCCUGCAGAGGUUGCUGAGCCUCAAGUCGUGGCGCUCCCCGGUCGCCGACGGCCUCAUCCGGGCCCAAGACCUCCGGAUGUUGCUGGUCGAGACCGGGUUCACCCGCGACACCGAGGAGCAGUACUUCCAGUUCCUGGCCAAGUUUGAGAUCGCGCUCCCCGUCGCCAACGACAGCUACCUGCUGCCUCACCUGCUGCCCGCCAAGCCCCGCGUGGACCUUGAGCGCUUCCGGCGGCCCGGCGCCAACACGCUGCAGCGCCUCUUCCGCAUGAGCUUCGUGCCGGCGGGAUUCUGGGAACGCUUGGUUGCCAGGAUGCUCAUCAGCCUCACCGACAUGGACGCGCAGUGGUUGGGGGCGGAGCGCAGCGCCGGCAUCCGGACCUCGGCGGCGUCGUACCGCUCGGGAGGAGAGCGGCAGAGGAGCCGCCGCGGCACCUUCCGAGUGCGCCGCCGUCAGACCGUCUACUGGAGGGAGGGGCUGCUGGUCACCUUCGACGGAGGCGACCUCAGCGUGGAGUCGACGGAUGUCGACUGGAAGAAGAAGAGCGGCGGCAUCAAGAUCGUCUGCCAGUCGGAGAACCGGGACUUCUCCGCCAUGGCCUUCGUCACAGACCACAUCAACGCCCUCAUCGAGCAGUGGUUUCCCGUGCUGACGGCCAGCGAGAGCGACGGCAGCCCGGUCCUGGAGCGCUACGCGCCCUGCCCGCUCUGCGCCGCUCGGGUCCGACGGAACGCCGCGGGGACGCCGGAACCGACGGCGGACCCCGGCGACGGGGGCCAGGUUCAUCUCUUCAACGUGGAGGACUGCGCGCUGGCCGCGGUCGCCGGCGAGAGCGUGGGGUGCCCCCGAGGGCAUGCGGUGCCGCUCCGGGACCUGGUCCCCGAACUCUUCAUGACGGACUUCCCGGCACGGCUCUUCCUGGAGAGGAAGCAUCUGGACUACUCCGAGGACGGCUCCGGCAUCAUCGGUCAGGGCGGCAGCGGCGCGGUGGUCUACAGGGCUCGCUACCGAGACCGGCCGGUGGCCGUCAAACGCUUUCACUUGGGGAAGUCUCGGCGCGACGCGCUCUGCGCAGAUGCCGACGCGACCAUGAAGCGUCUGCGGUCGGCGGAGGCGUGCCGCCGCUUCUCCGAGUUCCGUCAGGAGGCGGCGACGCUGCACUCGCUGCGGCACCCGUGCGUGGUGGGCCUGGUGGGGGUGUCCAUACGCCCGCUCUGCCUGGCGCUGGAGCUGGCGCCGCUCGGCAGCCUCGACGGCGUCCUGGGGGGCGGACGGGGCAAAGGUGGCGGCUACGCGCCUCUCGGUCACAUGGUCACGUACAAGGUGGCCUACCAAGUGGCGGCCGGACUGAGCUACCUGCACGGGAAGAACUUCAUCUUCUGCGACCUCAAGUCGGACAACAUCCUCGUCUGGUCCCUGCAGGAGCGGGCGGCGGUCAACGUGAAGCUGUCCGACUACGGCGUCUGCCGCCGGUCGUUCCGCGAGGGAGCCGUGGGCGCGGAGGGCACGCCGGGGUACCGGGCGCCCGAGGUCCGACCCGGCGUCGUCUACGACGAGAAGGUGGACAUCUUUUCCUACGGGAUGGUGCAGUACGAGCUGCUGUCCGGCCGGCGGCCGUGCGCGGGCCGUCACGGGCCGGACGCCUCCGAGAAGAUCCUCCGAGGCGUCCGUCCGCAGCUGGCGGAACGUCCGCAGGAAGUCAACUUCUACUUCCUGCAGCAGCUCAUGACGCAGUGCUGGCACACCAAACCGGAGAAGCGUCCGACGGCGUCGCGGUGCAUGCGGCGCAUGGCGGAUCCCAGCUUUGCGUGUCUCCGGUACGUGUUGCCGUGCGGCCCCGGCUCGCAGCUUCUCCUGCCGACGGUGGAGGGCCACCACCUGCUUUUGUGGGACGGAGACGCGGACGACAGGAGCUACAGCGUGCUCAACGUGCGCAAAGGUCAGCUGGAGGUCAACAGGAAGCGGUGUCCCGGCGGCAGGGUCAGCUGUCAAAUCAAGGUGGACGACGCGUUGUGGGUCGCCACGCACGAACAGGAAGUGCUGGUGUACGCGCUGAAGGACGCCUGUCCUCUCACGCGACCUCACAAACGCUUCUCCUGCCCGGCCGUCGUCACCUGCUUCCUCAAAAUGCCGCCGCAGGCGCGACGGGGCGUCGUGUUGGCGGGCAUGUCGGACGGGGCGGUGGCGCGCUACGGCGCGGAGGAGGCGGGACCCCCGGCCGAGGGCCACGCCUACCUGUGCUUGCGCGCGCUCAAUCGGAGCGCCUUCGGCUUGACGGAAGGCGACCCCAGACAGAGACCCGCCCCCGUAGCCUGCAUGCUUCUCGUCGGCUGCGGCUCGCAGCUGUGGCUGUCCAACGGUCCCGGCGUGCUGGUGGUGGACGCCGCCAGCCUGGCCCCGCUGCGCCGCCUGGACCCUUACCGGUGUCCGUCCUCGGUGGUCUCCAUGGCGACGGGCUUCACCGUGCGGGGGGAGGAGUCGGUGUGGACCCUGGACGACGUCACCGACACGCUCGUCCUCUUCCACGCCGCGUCUUUCGCUGCCUGCGCCGAGUACAACUGCGGCGACCGGAGUCCUUUCCGCGACGUCUUUGCGGUCCGCCGUCCUUCGCCGUUCGGCCCGGACGCGGCGGCGACUGAAGCCGAGGACGAGGAGGAGAACGCGAAGCCUCCCGGCGGCGCCGCCGUGACGAUCGGCCACAGCGAGGGGGCGGGAACUCAGAUCAUCCGGCACCGGGAUCGGCCGACGGACGGAUCGGCGUCGUCGGAGGAGGACGCGGAAGACGGCUCCUCGCCGCCGUCUUCAGAGACAGAAGACGGCGAGGAGCCGAGCGCUGACCCCGCCGAGUGCUCGGCGCCACCUCCUUGUCGGCGGGCCUUCCGGGUUCUGGUGGUGAACGACGUACUUUGGGUCUUCAGGCGCGGCGGAGACGUGCUCCUGAUCCAAGUCGAGCCGCACAGCGAGCAAAUGCGAGGACGGGUCAGCGCCGUACUCGGCCCGCCUUCAGGACACCGCUUGGGGACGCUGGUGGAGGCGGGGCUGGCAGGCGAGGACGCGGUGGCGUGCGGCUUUCGGGGCGGGUCCUCACCCUCGUCUCGUUUCAGCGUCUGCGUGUGGCGCGCCUGGGACGCCGCGCGCCUCGACGUCUUCUACCGCAGCGCCGAGGACCUGGCCCGCCUGGAAAGCGCCGUGCGCCGCCGCAGGUAGCCCGUCGGGAAGACGCCGCCCAACCGGAUGCUCGACAUUCUUGGGGACUUGCUGUGUAUGCCUUUUGGGGGGUUUUGAAAUACAAGUUGGCGCACUGCUUUGU